AUGACUAAUACUUACCUAUCCAUUAAAUUAUCUGAUAAUAUCCCUAAAACAAUAACCUGCAAAGAUAUACUAUUGUCCAUAUCGCAGUACCAAUCCAUGCCAGAAAAGAUUGAUAUUCAUGGGCACAAACUAACUGUCAGGCAUAUACCCCUGAACAGGCCUAUAUAUAAGCUAUUCGAGUCCAAAAAUUUACAAGACGAACCGAAAGGAUGUAAAAUAGAUGAUUUAAGCAGUUGCUUCAUGGGCACAAUAUACGUUGAUCUUAUUGCACCGGCACAGCAGCUUUAG